AAUGGGACAAUUUGCAAUAAAAAGAACCUGACGCCCUUUUGCAAAUAGGAGACACACUAUCUCUGCCCGAGCCCCAAGGCCUAAGUGGAAUGACCAGUUUCUCAGAAUGCUACCCAAUCUUCUUUCUCCAAGAAUAGAGUCACCAGAACCUUCUCCCAGCUCCCAAAGGCGACCCCUUCCCUUUGCCAGCGCUUGUAGCAAGAGAUGGGUGCCCCCAUCGGCACACUGUCCCUUGGCCACCUGACAUCAUGCCUCCCAAGAAGGAUGUUCCUGUGAAGAAGCCAGCAGGGCCCUCCAUCUCGAAGCCUGCUGCCAAGCCUACGGCAGGGACCCCUCCAGCCAAGACCAAGACUGAGUCAGCUGCCCCCCACACCCCGGCAAAAUCCCAGGAACCCCCUGUUGAUCUCUCCAAAGUGGUGAUCGAGUUUAACAAGGACCAGCUGGAGGAGUUCAAAGAGGCCUUUGAGCUGUUUGACCGAGUGGGCGAUGGCAAGAUCCUCUACAGCCAGUGUGGGGACCUGAUGAGGGCCCUGGGCCAGAACCCCACCAACGCUGAGGUGCUGAAGGUCCUGGGGAACCCCAAGAGUGAUGAGCUGAAGUCCCGACGUGUGGACUUUGAGACGUUCCUGCCCAUGCUCCAAGCAGUGGCCAAGAACCGGGACCAAGGCACAUACGAGGACUACCUAGAGGGGCUUCGCGUGUUUGACAAAGAGGGCAAUGGCAAAGUCAUGGGGGCAGAGCUCAGACACGUUCUUACCACUCUCGGAGAGAAGAUGACUGAGGAGGAGGUGGAGACUGUCCUGGCAGGCCACGAGGACAGCAACGGCUGCAUCAACUACGAGGCCUUCCUGAAGCACAUCCUAAGCCUCUGAGCUCCACAGGUAGUCCUCCAGCCCCUAGUCGCCCUGAGAGGCAAAGCUCCUCGACCAAGCAGAUAGACGAACAGGCAGUGCGAUUCCCGUCCGUCCUUCUGCAGCGCGAGAGCGCCAGGGCUGGACAACUUUCUCCCCCACGCAGAUCCAGCGGGGUCGGAUGCUCACCCCACCUCCCGGGCGGCGGGAGGUGCGUUCCUGCCACUAGGAGGCACUUAGAGCUUUGAAAUAAAGACCUGGCUCCUG